AAAGUAGGCGUCACAAACAGGAAUUAAAGAAUGAGCAAAUUUCAAAGUUGACAGACACUGGUCAGAGUUUAACCCAGAUAUAAACUCCAACAGCUCAACAUUCCAACCACGGCAUGGCAAAUAUCCUCUGCUUUCAGAGAUUAACAACACUUCAACAGACGCGUAAACCCUGCCAUGGCUUGGAAUUCCUCUUUCAAGCUUAUCUUUCUCUUUGUCCUUGUUAACUUCCUCAGUUUUGCAACACCUAAGGCACAACAGGUCCCUACUUUUCUUGCCCAGGAUUGCCCAAGCAACGGAACCACAGCCAACAGCACCUUCCAAAUAAACAUCAGGACCCUCUUCUCUUCACUAUCUUCCAACGCCAUCGCCAACAAUGUAUUCUACAACUCCACGGUGGCGGGAGCAAACCCCUCUGACACUGUCUAUGGACUUUUCAUGUGCAGGGGUGACGUCCCAUUUCAGCUGUGUGGACAGUGCGUUAUAAACGCAACGCAGAAACUAUCAUCAGACUUACAGUGCUCCUUGUCCAAACAAGCUGUGAUCUGGUAUGACGAGUGCAUGGUUCGCUAUUCCAACCGCUCCUUUUUCUCCACCGUAGACACAAGGCCUGCUAUUAGCCUGUUGAACACCGCUAAUAUCUCAAACCAGGCAAACUUCAUGCGUUUGAUGUUCGACACCAUGAACGAAACAGCAGAUGAAGCAGCUAUUGGUGCCAAGAAAUACGCCACGAAGCAAGCAAACAUAUCUGGGUUUCAGACCCUCUAUUGUCUGGUUCAGUGCACGCCGGACUUGUCAACCCAGGGUUGCAGAAGUUGUCUUAGUGAUGCCAUAGGGCUCCUUCCAUGGUGCUGUGAAGGAAAACAAGGAGGGAGAAUUCUAAAUCCCAGCUGUAAUGUUAGGUAUGAUUUGUACCCUUUCUACCGCACCAACGUCUCUGCACCUCCAACCGAUUCUUCUAAUUCGGGAGGAGGUAGUGGAAUUUCACCGGGGACAAUUGUUGCGAUUGUGGUUCCAAUAACAGUGGCUGUGCUGCUAUUUAUUGUUGGAAUUUGGCUCUUAAGUAAAAGAGCAGCAAAGAAGCGUAACUCUGCGCAAGACCCCAAAACUGAGACUGAGAUCAGUGCCGUGGAAUCCUUGAGAUUUGAUUUCAGUACAAUUGAAGCAGCCACAGAUAAAUUCUCUGAUGCUAACAAGCUAGGCGAAGGUGGAUUUGGUGAGGUUUACAAGGGCUUGCUUCCUAGCGGCCAAGAAGUAGCUGUCAAGAGACUCUCUAAAAACUCUGGACAAGGUGGAACAGAAUUUAAGAAUGAAGUAGAGGUUGUUGCAAAGCUUCAACACAAAAAUUUGGUGAGGCUUCUAGGAUUUUGCUUGGAAGGAGAAGAAAAGAUACUUGUUUACGAAUUUGUAGCCAACAAAAGCCUUGACUAUAUUCUUUUUGAUCCUGAGAAGCAAAAAUCAUUGGAUUGGACAAGGCGAUACAAAAUUGUUGAAGGAAUUGCUCGAGGCAUUCAAUAUCUUCAUGAAGAUUCCAGGCUUAAGAUUAUACAUCGUGACCUUAAAGCUAGCAAUGUCUUGUUAGAUGGAGAUAUGAAUCCAAAAAUCUCGGAUUUUGGCAUGGCAAGAAUAUUUGGAGUGGAUCAAACUCAAGCAAAUACCAACAGGAUUGUAGGGACAUAUGGUUACAUGUCUCCAGAGUAUGCAAUGCAUGGAGAAUACUCUGCUAAGUCUGAUGUAUACAGUUUUGGGGUCCUCAUUUUGGAGAUUAUAAGUGGCAAGAGGAACAGCUCUUUCUAUGAAACAGAUGUUGCUGAGGAUCUGUUGAGCUAUGCCUGGAAACUUUGGAAGGAUGAAGCUCCUUUGGAGUUGAUGGACCAAUCAUUAAGAGAAUCAUAUACUCCAAAUGAAGUUAUCAGAUGCAUCCAUAUCGGUUUACUGUGUGUCCAAGAAGAUCCAAUAGAUAGACCUACAAUGGCAUCAGUAGUUCUUAUGCUUGAUAGUUACUCUGUUACUCUACAGGUACCUAAUCAGCCCGCAUUCUAUAUAAACAGUAGAACCGAACCAAACAUGCCGAAGGGGCUUAAAAUUGAUCAGUCUACUACCAAUUCAACAUCAAAGUCUGUCAAUGAUAUGUCGGUUAGUGAAGUAGAUCCUCGAAUCCCCAAGAUGCCUCCUUGCAAGUACUUUGCAAUUCCCUCCAUUCUCUUCUUCCUCUUAAGCUUCUUAAUCUUUCCAACCAAAGCAGCUCCAAUUUACAGUUCCCAUGCGUGCACAGACUCUUCUAAAUACCAACCAAACAGCACAUUCCAAACCAACCUCAACCUCCUCCUCUCUUCCCUUUCUUCCAACGCCACCCAAGGCGUCCACUUUUACAAAACAACAGUUGGCAGUGAAACCCCCAACGCCGUCAAGGGCCUCUUCCUCUGCCGCGGAGACACCCUCACCGCCGUGUGCCACGAUUGCGUCAACGCCGCAGCCAAAGACCUGACACGCCGGUGCCCAGUUGAGAAAGAGGCCAUAAUCUGGUACGACGUGUGCAUGGUACGCUACUCCAACCAAUACUACCUCAACAACAUAGUACCCGCAGUGGACAUGUCUGACUCCAAAAGCGUGGCUGGCGCUGAUCUUGACCGGUUCAACGAGGUGCUGGCGGGAUUGUUGAACGCUCUGGCAACGAAAGCUGCGAAUUCCGAGGAUGAGAAGUUCGAAACAGGGGAAGUGAACUUGACGAGUUCAGUAACCCUUUAUGGGUUAGUGCAGUGCACACCAGAGUUGUCCUUGUUCGAUUGCAACAUGUGUUUCAGAAGCGCCAUUGCGUCUGUUCCAAAUUGCUGUGAUGGGAAACAAGGGGCAAGGGUGUUGCUUCCCGGAUGCAAUAUCAGAUAUCAAGUGUAUCCAUUUUACAAUAGCACUAAAAUAUUGGCCACACCGGUUGUGAAGUCCCGUCCUUCAGGACGGAGUCGGGUUGAAGUGAUUCUUACAUUUGUUAUCCCUAUUGUUGCUGCCAUGGUGCUUUUCACUUUUGGUAUAUGUCAUGUCAUGAGAAAGCAAGCAAAGAGUCUGAAACAAUUAUGGAGGAAAACGUCUUUGGUGUUUAAUGAGCACCAUGAAAUUAAGAUUGUUUUGGAAGAAGAAAAAACAAUUGGUAUUUUGCAGACACUAAAACGAGGGACAGAGAUGUUAAACUUGAAAUCCUCUUCAUCCCACUUGCUACUCCUCUUUCUCUUCACCUUGGUGACUAUUGCAAGUGAAGCAGCAGCUCCUAUAUACAGCGCACAUGCCUGCACAGAUGAUGGACCAUUUUACCAACCCAACACAACAUACCAAACCAACUUGAAGCUCCUCCUCUCUUCCCUCGUCUCCAACGCCACCCUCCACCAGGGCUUCUUCCUCACCAACAUCUCCCUCGGAAACCCCGAUGAGGUCAAGGGACUCUUCCUCUGCCGCGGUGACGUCACCCCCUCCGUCUGUCACGACUGCGUCGCCGCCGCGGCAACCAACAUCACAGACCUCUGCACCAACCAAACAGAGUCCGUGAUCUGGUAUGACCAGUGUAUGUUGCGCUACUCCAACCUUUCCUUCCUCAACAACAUAGUCCCUGGAGUUAACUUGAAUUCCGAACAGAACGUCUCUGACUCCAACAAUACCGGCUUCAUCAAUUUUCUUGCGUCCACGUUGAAUGGUCUGGCACAGGAAGCCGUGAAUUCUCUUUCCGGGAAGAAGUUUGCUACAAAAGAAGCGAAUUUCACGAGCUCGAUGAAGGUCUACACCUUGGCGCAGUGCAGGCCUGAUUUGUCCACCUUUGACUGUAACAUGUGCUUCACAAGUGCCAUAAGUAACCUCGGUGAUGGCAAACGAGGUGCACGAUCUCUGCUUCCGAGUUGUAAUGUCAGAUAUGAAUUGUACCCUUUUUACAAUGUUUCCGCAGUGUCCUCUCACCCAGCCCCAGACCUUCCCCCUCCUCCAUCUUCAGGGAAAAACAGUAUCUCUAUAAUCGUGCCAAUUGUUGUCCCAAUUGUCGUUGUGAUUGUACUUUUCAUUGUUGGAGUCUGCUUCCUACGUAAGAGGGCAAGCAAGAAGUAUAACACUUUUGUCCAGGAUUCAAUUGUGGAUGAUCUUACCGAUGUGGAGUCCUUGCAAUUUGAUUUGGCUACAAUUGAAGCUGCCACGAAUGGAUUCUCGGAUGAGAACAAGAUUGGCCAAGGUGGAUUUGGUGUGGUUUAUAAGGGUAUCCUCCCUAACAGACAGGAGAUAGCUGUGAAGAGGUUGUCAGUAACCUCCUUGCAGGGUGCAGUAGAGUUCAGAAAUGAAGCUGCCCUUGUGGCCAAGCUUCAACAUAGAAAUUUAGUGAGACUGUUGGGAUUUUGCUUGGAGGGGAGGGAGAAGAUCCUUAUCUAUGAAUACAUAACAAACAAAAGCCUUGAUCACUUUCUAUUUGACCCUGUGAAGCAAAGAGAGUUAGAUUGGUCAAGACGCUACAAUAUUAUAGUUGGCAUUGCUCGAGGAAUUCUUUAUUUACAUGAAGAUUCCCAACUUAGAAUUAUACAUCGUGAUCUCAAAGCGAGCAAUGUUUUAUUAGAUGAAAAUAUGAACCCAAAGAUUUCAGAUUUUGGCAUGGCAAAGAUUUUUCAGGCAGACCAGACUCAAGUAAAUACAGGAAGGAUAGUAGGGACUUUUGGUUACAUGUCUCCAGAAUAUGCAAUGCGUGGGCAGUUCUCUGUGAAAUCAGAUGUGUUCAGCUUUGGUGUCUUAGUUUUGGAGAUUGUGAGUGGCAAGAAGAACACUGAUUUAUAUCAAUCGAAUCAAGCUGAUGAUCUCUUAAGCUAUGCUUGGAAGAAUUGGACAGAGCAAACACCUUUGCAGUUUCUGGAUCCAACUCUGAGAGGUUCUUAUUCAAGAAAUGAAGUAAACAGAUGCAUCCAUAUUGGUUUAUUAUGUGUUCAGGAAAAUCCAUCUGACAGACCUUCGAUGGCCACCAUUGCACUUAUGCUGAACAGUUAUUCAGUUACCUUGUCAAUGCCACGACAACCAGCAUCUUUUCUGCGCGGAAGAAAUCUUAACAGGCUAAACCAAGGGCUUGACUCUGAUCAGUCUACCACUUGUUCAAUUCCAUGGUCUGUGAAUGAAGUAUCCAUUACAGACAUAUACCCUCGCUAAAGGAUUGUUUUCAUGUUUUCUUUGACCAAUCCAGGAUAUGUUUAAAUGUGUCAAACCAAGGUGUUGCUGUUAUACAAUCCUAGUGCAUAUAUAUUGUAAAUAUUAAUAGUUAAAAGAAUUCUGUCAAAUACUUCUUGGAUGAACACAUACAGUAGCUAAAGCAUGAUGCCCUGGGAGAGACCAGAUUAAUUUGCAAUCUUCACCAAUUUUGUUUUUGAAAUAUGUUGUUGAUUUACUGAGAGAUUCUUUUUCUUACUCA